AUGAUGCACCGUUCUUUCUCGACCUCAGCCACUCGCGCCUGCGCAAUGGGUGACCAGCGUGUCGCCUCCAGAGUCCCUCGACUUGCCGCCAAGAUCGCACCCACCGCCUCCGUCUCGCACGGCACACCUUCCAUCGGCAGCUUCAUUCAGCCUGGUAGCAACUCUUCAGAGAGCUACACUUCUCGACGCAGCGUCUCGGAAGCCUUUGGCAUCCUUGCCGGAUCCACUGCUUCGUCUCGCACUGGUCUCCGCAGCCGCCAUGCUUCGACUUGGGCUCAGACAGCUGUAGCACCCGCACGAUCCUUCUCCACCUCUUCCUCGGCUCAAGGUAUCAAGGAGACCGUCAAGAACAAGGUAGUCGAAGAAGGAAAGAAAUUUGCCAAAGAGACAGUCGACGCCAAGUUAAACUCGGAAGAGACCAAGCAGCAAGCCAAGAACAUGUCUUCCUCUACUAGCAGAAUCCUCUUUGUCGGAGUGGCCGUUGCUGGCGCAGUAUACCCCUUUAUGGGAGGAACUGCUCAUGCCGAAGAAGCUCGUAAGUUUGAUGGCAGUGGCUCCGGACCCAAGUAUACGAAAGACCAAGUAACACUUCUUUGCCUCGUUGGGCCUUCUCUCUCUGGAAAGUCGACUCAAGCGAAACGUCUCCUCAAGCGCUUUAAUUCUGAACUAGACGACAUUGUCCAACCUAAGUCUAUUGACGAGCUAGCAUCUAUUCUCUCCUCCCGCGCCAACUCGAAGAAGCGUACCUCGCUUAUCCUCGACAACUUCCCAAACACCCUUGAAGACGCGCAACGUAUCGAGAAGGAACUCGUCCCCAUCUUUUGCUUUUCGUUCUAUGAUCUCCCUUUGAAAGAUUUUGGGAAGCGUCUGCCCAAGUCAACAAGCGGAGAGGACAAGAAGAAGAAGGUAGAGGAGUUCAAGAAGUAUACUGAGAAUCUCGAGCCUCUGGUGAAGAAGUACAGGCAUCAAGGCAAUAUCUAUGAGAUCAGUGCCGAUUGGGAUAGCGCUGAUGAGGUCUGGGAACAGGUCGAGGCCAAGACGGAACAGAUUCUUGAGCUAAGGGAGAUGGGCGAACUCUAG